CUAGACCCCCCCCCCCCUCUCUCUCUCUCCAUCCCCGGCCACCUCCGCGACCGGCCGUAGCCGGCCAUGGAGAGCCUCUUCAUGCAGGUCUUCGAGCGCCGGGACUGGGUCAUCGGGCAGAUGCGCCAGCAGGUCGACUCCCACGCCGAGUCCCUCGCCUGCGCCUUCCUCGCUGCUGGCCACCGCCCCCCGCCGUGGCUCCUCCCCUCUUGCGCCGCCGGUCUGCAAGAGCUAAAUGGCAAACCGAUUGUUCCGGGGUUACUUUUCGCUGGAAGCCAGAUUACUACACCAGCAACCAACAGAACCGUCUUUCAGCCACCAGCUGUUCCUUGUACUUCACUCAGAAACGUGGGGGUUCCAAAUGGAUAUGCUGGUCUAGACUCUAUUUGUGAUACCAUGGAUACUAACCAACAUGAAGUGUCUCAGCAAAAGCAGGUUUCAGUUGGCCAGGAGACUGUUGAGCCUAGUUCUGAAGUCAACAUGUUCUCUGUGGUAAAGCGUUCCAGGUCAAGACAGCGUCAUAUUGAAGAUCGCUCGCGUGAGAAGGGUCAAGCGACAAAUAGUGGAAUCAGGGAUGUUAUGCAAGACAUGAUGCAGAGUUCUGAACUUGCAACUGCAGGUUUGAACAAAACAACUGCAUCAUUAUCCUCCAAACCAUGUGGUGACGGUGAAAACAAUGCUAUAACAACGGCCUCUUUGCCAGGUCAGGAAAAAGGUUUUUAUGCCAAUCAGGAUAGAUCAACUGAAUUUGUCAAGUGCAGUAAAGAUGGUGAUCUUGGAAAUCAAGGAGUUAAGUUAGAUUGUUCUCAGAACCAGAUUGUAAGUUCUGAUAAUAAUGUCAAGGUUUCUGUUAGAAGUUCUUUCGGAGUGCAAGUUACAGGCACUGUGUGCCAUGCACUCCCUGAAACUUAUCUGUCGGUUGAGCCGAAAAAACUUCAAUUCGAUGGUGUCGAAUCAGUUUGCAUGAAUCCUGCAAGUGAACAGACGAUGCAGCAACCAGUAUGUGCCCUGGAAGGUGCCAAUCUUGAUCUUGCUGUGGCACAUCCCUUAAAUGAAGACCCAUCUUCUACCAGCUAUUCUCAAGUUCCUCAGGAGCAACAUCUGUUGGCCAGAACAUCUUUAGAAUUCAAGGAGACUGAUAUGGAGACUCCCAUGAGCCCCACUUCCCCGGUUACACAGAAUGAGACGCUCAAUGGAAAGGCAGCAUAUGAUGCGGUCAAAUGCCAUUCAGGAAAGCUGAGCGAUGUGCAGAUAAAAUUCUCAGCUUUGACCAAAGCAUGCAACAUUUCUGUCAGCAACAAAAAGGCUGAGUCUGAAGUGCCAGAAGUUAUGAGCAGUGUUUCAGCUAGAAGAACCAGCGAAAUGCACUCAACUGAAAGGAACAGUAUGACUUCAGCCGAAGAUCUGCAACAAAAUGGAACGGAACAAGACACCUGUCUUAUUGAGAAUGUUGUUAAAGAAAAUGUUAAUUCAUGUACAGCAGAAAACGAUAAACGGAAAUCUUCACAGCCUUCUGUUCAAUACUUACCUAGUGCAUCACAUGAGAAAAACAUUCUACUCGGGUCAGACAGAAGCAGUGUUGCUUGUGACCAGAAGAGGUCACUUCAAGAUGGAGUUGAAGCAAGUGAUAGUUUGUCAUCUAAAAGGAGAAGAAUAAGGCGCCGAUCAGACUUUGACCUUUCCGGGACUCCUUGCACAAAUUCAUCGUCUCUGAACCACCAACAUGACAUUUCUGGUCAUAUGUUAACCUCGACAAAUUUCUCAGAGAAAUCCCAUCCUUCAGGUCCUUACUUCACAAGGAGUUCAGGAUCCUGCAAGAGCAUGUCUCUGGUGUCAGAGGGGGAGAAUGCUGCAAGUGAUGUUUAUGGAAAUGGGAAUUUUUCAUGUGGAAGAAGAAAUAAAACUAGUCUAUUAAAUGGCGUUCUUGGUAACUCUCCAACCGCAAGCACUAGCAGGAGUGCACUGGAAGGACUGGUCUUCAAAAUUUCUCAAGAACAGAAACAAAAUAAGUUGGAAGUUGAGUUUCUGACAGCAACUGCUGCUUUGCCUUAUUGCUCUGACAUCCUAUCUCAUAAUGAGGAAAACUGCACACAGCAGGAAGGUACUUGCUUUGAAGGUCAGGACCUAAAUGUCACUGCUGCAAGUGUGGCAGGCCAGGAAAUGGCUCCUGAGAUGGAUAACUUAUCAUCUCCAAUUGCAAUAUUAAAUCAACAAAAUUAUUCUGGAAUGGGACUGUUUACUCGAUUCCCGAGUUAUGAACAAGCAUCUGCUCCUAAUGCACCGUUUCAUGAGAAAUUAUGGUAUGACUCGAAUGUAUGUGGUAGGAAAUAUAAAAGUUGUGAUCCAAAGGGACAAUUGGGUGAUGAAUCGUUUGAUUGUGAUGGUUCAAUGCCAGUAAUGGAGAUCUUUGAUGUCUCUGACCAUUUGGACAGCCCAAUUAUCGGAAAAAGGUCAUUUGAGUCCCUUCACGAUUGUCACCAACUAGGCACCAUUUGUUCAGAUCCUCCAAACAAGCAUAAUACUAACACAACUAGUUUGCAUCUGCCAUUGACAACUACUAUGUCUGGUAAACCCAGAAAGUGUCGCCUCUCUGAUGAUCUGCAAUACAGUGCUAGUAACAGUCACAGUGGUCUGGACUCCUUUGGAUAUGAACUUGAUUCGUUUUUUAUUUCUGAUGGCAUAGCCUCUUGCUCUUCAAAUACCAGCAGCAGACAAGAGAUUAAUAAAACUCAUUUGACUCCAUCUGUUGAAAAAUAUUGCCAGAAACUUUCAUUAAGAUCUGGAUCUGGUUCAGAACAUAUGGGUUCUAUUCCUGAACUUGAAGUCUUUCGAAUUGAUGAAGACAACAGCAUUCCGGAAGAAGAUGAGUACCAAGACAUGGCUCCUGGAUCUGUAGAUGUGAAUUACUCAUGCCAGCGACAAUCUGGGGGAACAGCACUUCAGGAUAUGACUGGAUUAUGUCAAGACAAUGGAAAUUCUCCGUCUCAUUUGAUGAGAAGCAUGGAUAAAGGUAACAUAGACUUGAGUGCAGAAUCUGUCAGUAGUGAGCUCACUCAUCAUUCAAAUAUCAGAAAUAAUAGCAGUAAGCCAAGAUACAAUCACCCUACUUCAGUUAAGAGAGUAGGAAAAGUAUCCUGUUCUCUUCAUGACAGAUCAGGUACGACAGAAAUAAUCAAAAACAGAAGUGGAAGACAUAGGAGUGAAGCAAAUAUUGACAAACAAGGCACGGCAGAGAUAAUCGAUAGCAGAAAUGGAAGACACAGGAGUGAAGCAAAUGUUGACAGACAAUCUAAGCCUAGCAAUAUUGUUGCCAAUGUGACAUCUUUUGUACCUCUUGUAAAACAAAAGUUGCAAUCUACAACAGUGUGCGUUAAAAAAGAUGGUAAGGUGAAGGCACUCAAGGCAGCUGAAGUUGCAAAACGUCUUGAAGAGAAGAAACAAAAGGAGCAAGAAAAGCGCAAAGCGGCUGCAAAAGCAGAGCGUGAAAGACUGAAGCAAGAGAAGGAACAAAAACAAAAACUUGAAGAGGAACAAAAGAAGAGACGAGAAGUUGAUGCGGCUGCUAAGAAGCGGCAGAGGGAAGAAGGGGAAAAGAGGGAAACGAUGAAAAGAAGAAAAUGCAUGGAUGAAGCUCGAAAGCAACAGAAGCAGCCUAUGGAUAGACAACGAGGCAUGAAGGAUGAGAAAGAUGCUCGUCAAAAAGCUUCUGAUAAUAUGGAGCCAAGGAAGAAUUUGGUUGAUGUAGGCAAAAACCAAGUUAAACCCGAUGAGACUAACGAACAUGCCCUUCGAUCCAAGGCCAAUGAAAGUAAGGACGAGAAACGUGUUGCAGUAGAUGACAGGAAUGCAAGUUUUGGAUCUGAUGCUAAGGAAAAUACCCUGAACAGUCUCGAGGAGUCCUACACAAUGACUCCGUAUAAAGACUCUGAUGAUGAGGAUGAUGAUGAUUACGACGGACAUGUACAAGAAGCAAGGCGCAGAAGGAAAUUUGUUCCUUCUUGGGCUCGAAAAGAAAACCUGGAUAACAUCUUACUAUCCAAUAAAGCAUUAAACCCUAGAGAGAUUUUUGCACGGAAGCUGUCCUUCAACAUAUCUGAAGUUCUUUCGGCCCAGCGUGUCGAAAGAUAGCCUUCCAUUCCAUUUGAUGAAGUAGCGCACUCCGGACUAUACUAUACCUGAAGUGAGCUGGCGUGGCGCUGCUGCUACUGAACUACUAUAGGCAAGGCGGAGGCGGGUGAAGAAGAGGUCUAGGUCCAUGAGGCCCAAGAAUCUUUCUCAGUGGCUUGUGCUGCUGCUAUUGAACUACUAUAGGCAAGGCGGAGGCGGGAGAAGAAGUGAAGAAGAGGUCUAGGUCCAUGAGGCCCAAGAAUCUUUCUCAGUGGCUUACAAGCCCAAACUGGGCCUGUUAAGGUCUACUGUUAUAUAUAGAUUAGGGCUCUUUGUGUAAUAGAUGGCGAGGAUUUGAACGGUUAAGGCCGAAGCUUGGACACGAGAGAGGAUAGAGGUGCGGGUGGCUGGAAGGAAUUCCUCUAUUUGUCCUCAAAUUCGAACUUGAUUUCAAUCCACCAUGAAAUUUGCAAGUCCA